UCUAACACGCUCUCUGAACUGCCACGAACCAAUCGCAUCGCUCGUUUCCAUGAUAUGGAGGAAGCGUACAGAGUGUAGGUAGUUAUAACCGCCUUGGUGCUGCUGUCAGGUCGAUGCUGUAAGCUGUUACAGCCACUUGUCGUUUGCUAGGCUACAAUGCUAUCACCAUCCGUGGACAAUCUGGGCUGCUGGCAGUGAGUUGUUGGAGAAAUAGAGUUCAGCCGGUUAAACCAUGAAGACCAGUAAGUCCUAUAAGCUUGUGCUGCACAAGAAAGGUUUCGGUGGAAGCGACGAUGAGUUGGUUGUCAACCCAAAAGUUUUCCCUCAAGUCACUUUGGGGAACAUAAUUGAGAUUGCACAUCCCACCGAUGAAUACAGCCCCCUCCUGCUGCAGGUGAAGAGCCUCAAAGAGGACCUACAGAAAGAGACGAUCAGUGUGGACCAGACUGUCGCACAGGCCUUCAAGCUGCGUGCAUACCAGGAUGUCAUCGUUAACAUCGUCGACCCUAAGGAUGUGACGCUGGACCUGGUGGAGCUGACGUUCAAGGACCAGUACAUCGGCAGAGGAGACAUGUGGAGACUGAAGAAAAGCCUGGUGAGCACAUGUGCUUAUGUGACCCAGAAGGUUGAGUUCGCAGGAAUCAGAGCUCAGGCCAGUGAACUCUGGGUGAAAGGAGAGAAGGUGACCUGUGGCUACAUCAGUGAAGACACCAGGGUGGUGUUCAGAUCUACGUCUGCCAUGGUUUACAUCUUUAUCCAGAUGAGCUGUGAGAUGUGGGACUUUGACAUCUACGGCGACCUCUACUUUGAAAAGGCUGUCAAUGGUUUCCUGUCUGACCUUUUCACUAAGUGGAAGGAGAAGAACUGCAGCCACGAGGUGACGGUGGUACUGUUCUCACGCACGUUCUACAACGCCAAAACAUUAGAGGAAUUUCCAGAGAUUCUUAGAGGCUCCAUCAGAGAAGACCACGAGGGACGCUUCUAUGAAGACUUCUACAGGGUCGUAGCUCAGAACGAGAGACGGGAUGAGUGGACGUCGAUGUUGGUCACUAUCAAGAAGCUCUUCAUCCAGUAUCCAGUGCUGGUGCGACUGAAGGAAGCAGAUGCUUUUCCUGUCGGUUACAACGCCACCGCUGCCCAAGGCAACUACCUGGAAGCCAUUAACCUGUCGUUCAAUGGCCCUGUGCAGGAUUCUGGUGAAACUAGUGAGUCCUCACACAGAGACAGUCAGUGUGGAUUAUCAUUAAGUCACAGCGUCCACCACAAACUGCUACACAACAGGACACCACCUGGAGACUCUGGUGUGGGUGACGACUACAACCUUCCUCACUGGAUCAACCACAGCUUCUACACUUCCAGCAGCCAGAACUCGUGUGGUUCCUUCACCCCUCGGAUUAAACUCGCUGGCCAUAAGCUUCAAGCAGAGAAGUUCAAGAGCAGCAAAGAGCACACUCUCUGUGUGCCAAAGGACUGUGACAACGCGCUGCCCAUACAGGUGGACUACGACGCCUACGAUGCUCAGGUGUUCCGACUUCCAGGUCCUUCACGAAUUCAGAGGAGCACAAACUUCAGAAUGGCUCGAGACAAAGAGAGUGGGAGGAAGAGCUGGGGCUCGGUGGACGUCAGCACGGGCAUAGGUGCGUCCCCUCCGGUUCGCUCAGGAGGUCCCGACGAACAACGAAGCCUGGCCUCUGAUGACAGCCUGGGUCCCGUGUCCAACAUGCUGCUGAUACCCCGGAUGCCUGCUGCUCAGUAUGAAGUCAGCAGUUCUUUGGGAUACACCAGCACCAGAGACCUUUUAGAGAAGAUGAUGGAGUCUCAGCGGGACUCCAGCGCCCCGGGGAGGUUCACAGUGGGAAGUGCCGAGUCCACGCUGCACAUCCGGCCGGGAGGUUACGCUCCUCAGAGAGCGCUCAUCAAUCCCUUCACCCCAUCCAGGAUGCCCAUGAAGCUCACGUCCAACCGCCGCCGCUGGAUGCACACGUUUCCUGUCGGUCCUUCUGGGGAGGCCAUCCAGAUCCAUCAUCAGACCAGGCAGAACAUGGCGGAGCUGCAGGACAGCCAGCAGAGAGACCCCGCCCACACCUCUGCGGAGCUGCUGGAGCUCGCCUAUCACGAGGCCACCGGAAGGCGAAGCACCUCGCGCCACGCAGGAGACAACGGCCUCUAUCCCGCUGCAGGAGGGGAGGAGUUCACCGGAAGCCCGGGGAGCAACAACAGCGGAACUUUCACCAACCGCAGCUCAUUUCAGGACUUCUCUGCCGCUGGUGCCGAUCCCAGCCUGCUGCUAUCUGCACCCCCCACAGUGCCCAGCUUCUGCUGCACAGUGGGAGUGGACUGGAAGUCCCUGACCACGCCGGCGUGCCUCCCGCUUACCACGGACUACUUCCCUGACCGGCAGACGCUGCAGAACGACUACACCGAGGGCUGCUACGAUCUGCUGCCGCACAGCGACCUGGACAGGAUGGGUGCAUCUCAGGUGUUUGAGGAGUUCAUCUGUCAGAGGCUCAUGCAGGGCUACCAGAUCAUCGUCCAGCCCAAUAACAGAAAACAGCAGCCCGCUGUGGCCACGCCCCUCGGCAGCAGUCCGCUGUACUCCAGAGGUCUGGUGUCUCUGCGUCGGACAGAGGAGGAGGAGAGCGUUUACUGGCUCAGCAUGGGCCGCACCUUCCACAAAGUCUGCCUCAAAGACAAGAUCAUAACGGUUACUCGCUACCUGCCAAAGUACCCGUACGAGUCGGCUCAGAUCCAGUACAGCUACAGCCUGUGUCCUCCGCACUCUGAUGCUCAGUUUGUUUGCUGCUGGGUCGAGUUUGGACACGAGAGACUGGAGGAGUACAAGUGGAACUACCUGGACCAGUACAUCUGCUCUGGUGGCUCGGAGGACUUCAGUUUGAUUGACUCGCUCAAGUUCUGGAGAACUCGCUUCCUCCUGCUGCCGGCCGGAGGGGCUCGUCGGGUGGCGGAUGGGGAGGGACACUGGGACGUUUACGGGGAGGGAGCGGGUGCUGGAGCGGGUAACAGCGGGGACUGGGUCCUGUUGGACGGCUUCAUUCGUUUCCUGGAGGGUCUCAACCGUAUUCGGCGCCGGCACCGCUCUGACAGGAUCAUCAGGAAGAGUGCGCCCCUCAAAGGGCUCCAGGUGACCAGCCCGCUCUCUCCGUACCCCGCUGAGCCCGUGGCGCCACCACAGGGCAAGAAGGGCACGUCAGCCUUAUCAGCCCUGCUGGAGAUGGAGCAGAACCAGAAGACACUGGAGGAGACGGCGAAGCCCUCAGCAGCCGUCGGUGACCCUGCAAGUGUGACCGCAGCUCCCACAUACGUAGACAGCCCCCGCAAGCUGGCGGCUGAGACGAGCGAGGCUGCAGACAGAGGAGUUCAGCCCGGAGCAGCAGCGCAGCCUACAGGAGAAGCUGCAGCCUGCAGCACCGACGUCAGUGGGCAGUCUGCAGCAGGAGUCCUCUCUCUGUCCUCUUCCUCCACACUCAUGGAGAUCCUGGAAGCGAUCAAACAUCCCACGAAUGGCCAAAACGAACGUGCUCAGACAAAAACAUACUUCAGGGUUCGUGUGGUCGCUGGAUAUCUGCAGAAAAUGUUGGAUGAAGGUUUGGUGACGCACGCCUCGGGGGAAGCCAUGCGCACCUUUGUCUACGGCUUCUACUUCUACAGGAUAGUGGGAGAGAAGGACGCCGUUUCCCCUGUAGGCGCCACCCCCCCGCUCUCCACCGCUGCAGGCGGGGGCUGGUCCACUGCAGCACUAGAGGAUUUUUCCCUGUUCCAAAGAAAGUGGUUCGAGGUGGCCUUCGUGCUGGAGGAGCGGCGCCCCUGCGACCUCCCGGCCUUCCUCCUGCCCUGGCUGCCCAGCCGACCAGCUUCCUACGCAAGUAGGCACAGCUCCUUCAGCCGCAGCUUUGGAGGACGCAGCCAGGCCGCUGCACUGCUAGCUGCUACAGUUCCAGAGCAGAAGACGGUCACUCUAGACGUGGACGUCAACAACCGCAGUGACCGAACUGAGUGGUGCAGCUGUUAUUACCACGGCAACUUCUCCCUCAACGCUGCCUUUGAGAUCAAGCUGCACUGGAUGGCCGUCACUGCUGCAGUGCUCUUUGAAAUGGUCCAAGGCUGGCACAGGAAGGCGGCGUCCUGUGGUUUCCUGUUGGUGCCGGUGCUGGAAGUUCCCUUCGCUCUGACGUCCUGCCUGUACGGAGACCCGCUGAGAGCGCAGCUCUUCAUUCCUCUGAACGUCCACUGCCUGCUGAAGAAUGGCAGCGACAACCUUUUUGAAGGGUUUGAACCGGAGACGUACUGGGACAGGAUGCAGCUCCUUCAGGAGGCCGUCCUCUACAGGUUUGGCUUCGUGCAUGACAAGUUUUCUGCUUCCACCUUUAAUUUCCCGUCUGAGAACAAGCCUCAGUACAUCCACGUCACAGGCACCGUGUUCCUGCAGCUGCCGUACGCUAAGAGGAAGUAUUCGAGCGGGCAGCAGCGCCGCCGUAGAAACUCCACCACCUCCAACAGCCAGGGCCCGUUCGGAGGGGAGGAGAGGGUGGGCUACUACUGGGCCUACAACACCAUGCUGACCAAAGCGUGGAGAACCGGAGUGCUGGGCGACGAGCGGCUGGCGGACCGGCUGCUCAGAGACUUCACCGACUUCUGCAGCAACAAAGACAACAGACUUCAGAGCUUCUGGGACGGCUGCCAGGAGAAGAUGAACGCCAGCGCUCCCUGACAGCAGCGUUAAAGCCGCGCAUCGCGCUGCCUGCUGAGAGCUGCUGCUGGCAGCUCUGCAGCCUCACAACAGCAAUAAAACUACACAAUUCAAA